GCACAUGCGUGAAUAAACCGCCUUUCCCGUACAGGCACGGAAGCCAACCACAUAUCUACAUGGGAUUCCCGCCCUAGGUCUGACUAGAUUCCGAUCACCUCGUACGUCGCAUUACGGGAAGAAUUCGCAGCCAACGAUCAUGCCAUCUAAGCAACGCCAAACCGCCAACAAGCUCGUGGAGGCGUUCAAUGCAUUGGACGUCCCCACCAUACUUUCCUUGCGCACCCCUAACUGCCUUCGGACAAUUCUCCCUUCCUCUUUGAAUCAGCCGUCCUCUAACAACGAGGCCUACCUCGCUCAACUCAACCUGAUGAAGACAGUCUUCAGGUCUUUCCAAGUCACAGUGAACGAUGUGAUUGAAGGAAUUUCAGACACGGACGGACGUGUGAAGAUCAUCAUGUAUGUCAGCGCAAGGGGGGAGACGCCAGCUGGUGAAUAUAGAAACGAAUACGUCUGGAAGAUGGGGUUCGAUGAGGAUGGGGAAAAGAUCAGCGAGUGGUCUGAAUAUGUGGACGCCAACAUGGCGAGAAACUUUUAUCCGAAAUUGAUGGAGGUCGUAAAACGGCAGAGAGAAGAGGAUGUUGAGAAUCUAGAGCAGAAGGGUGGUGAUGUGAAUUGACCGAAUAGUCACCACCAAUCUAGUUGGAUUCGGCUUCGAUU